AUGAGGUUAUUUGGAUUGGCGGUGCUAUCCCAUAUAGCGUUCGUCAGCGCGAUAGUGCCCAACGUCAUCAACAGCAAUAACAAUAAUGGUCCCCAGCAGCCAAGGACGGAUGACGAUGCACUCAAUUCCGACAUGUCGCUUCCGAACUUACUACAUAUUCAGCUGAUUGGUGAUAUAAAGAACUAUGAUAUCAGCGGUAAUGUCCAGUACGAUCUGGGCAGAUUGCUCAUUAGUCAAUAUGGCUCGCUUUGGACGAGGAGUUUGUUCCCGCGCGAACUGGAGUUUACCGUGGAAGUGGUGUUCAGAUCUAGUGGCACUGGCGAGGAUAUCAUGUUUCUGGAUAACCAUUUGACGUUCUGGGUGGUGGAACUGAGAACCACUCCCGAGAAUUACGAUGGGUUUAAGUUUGUGGUGAAUAACCGCGACACGCAGGGCCUCAAAAUUUUCAACAAUGAUGGCACGUCUUCAGGGAGUGGAAGCGAUGAGAGUUUAAGUUUGAGCAUUGGAGAUUGCCAGUUCCGGUAUUUGCAAAGCGAUGUGCCAUUCACUUUGAGGAUCUCGUAUACUGACAAGUGGUUCAAAGUUCAAGUUGACAAUAACCUCUGUUUCAAGACUGACCAGGUCCAGAUACCAGUAACCCAUGGAGGUUACAAAUUUGGGAUUUCGAGUUUUAUGAACCCGCAAUCGCUGGAAACGUUUGAGAUCUUGGCUGUGAAAGUCUGGGAUGGAAUCACGGAGGACGCCAUUGAUGAUCAUGGGCUUAUGGCUGAUGGACAAUUGAAGAUCGACGUUACUGAAAAACAAGUCGCCGUGGAACAACAACAGCAACAACAAGACCAGGAACAAGACACUGGCCCCGAUGCAGCUAGAAGGAAGUUUUUGGAAAAAGUCCAACAACAACAGCAACAGCACCAACAGAACGAGCCGCGGAUCUCAUCAGCUAAGCCCAGCCACGAUAUGGUUCAAGUAGUCGCUAAAAUUGAAAACCUCGAGCAUCUCAUCGCCGACCUAUCCAAGUCCAUUGUGCCCAACACCAACAUCGACGAAGUCACCGAUGUAGUCAAGCAAACCCAAUUGACGUUAUUGGAACUCAAGCAGACAUUCAUUCAACAAUACUCCGAGUUGCUUACCGCGAUCGCGUCACUAAACCAAAAAGUCAUUGGCGAGGUAAGAGAACAGCAUUAUGGCAUGGAGGAAUUGAGCAGGAAAGUAGAUUUAUUGAUGAAUGAACAUAAGCAAGUGCAGCACCAGUACCAAAAGCAACAACACCAUCAACAACGUAAGGAUUUGGAGUUGGAGAGACAGCGGAAUGGAAAUAACCUUGACGGUUCAAGCGGCUCGGGCUCCGUGGCUGAUAGUUUGAUCAAGUGGAUUUUGGUCCCUCUUGUUGUUAUCCUAUUGGCUUUGCUUGUGUUUGUUUAUCGACUCAGACAUGACAUUAAGCAUUCAAAAUUAUUAUAG